CGCCAGUUGAUCUGGUUGCCGAGGCCGGUGUUAUCGACACUAUAGCCGUGGGCCAGGGAUACCAGCAAGCGUUGGACUAACAAGUACUAGCAGUAGCUGGUGAUGGUGCUAGCUAGUUGAUUCCCCCAACUAUUGUCUAGCCACUCUCUAGCGCUGCCAGUUUCUUCCUGCCACUGACCUUCUCUGCGCACCACCGGACCCUCGCCAGCUCGCGGGAGCCCCCGCGAGCCUGCCCCGUGCCCCCGGCCGAACCUCCUCGCUACCACCCCACCCUCACUACAACCUCGCACCAGGACUUUUCCACCACGGCAACCACUUUCUUCCUGCUGGAUCCUGCCACCACCACCCUCGUCUCUCCCAGCUGCAAUGGUGCUCCGAGAGUUCUUCUCGGGCUCGUCCACCUCUCUCAGAAGCGACAAGUCCAAGCACCACGACGACAACCACCAUGCCUCUAACAUCCCUCCCCAAGACACGCCGUCUUCGUCAUCGUCUACCACCACCAACACCACCCACAACCUCAAACCACACUCUUCCGGCACUCCGUUGGCGCCGUCCAACUCCCAUCGGUUCUUCUUGAGAAAGAAGUCGUCCCGUGGCUCCAUCACCCCCCAGACCAGUCCCAGCUCGUCAGGCUCCAUCAGAAAGGACAAGAAAAGUGCUGCUACUUCGAGCUCCACUUCACUUGGAUCGGUGAACCAGCGCUUCGUUUCGGCCUCCAACAGCAUCGAUGGCUCGCACAACGACUCCAGCAUUGCAGAUGCUCAUCACCCUGAAGAACGCCCUCAAGAGCACCCUGAAGAACGCCCUCACGAACAUCCCGCAGAGCCAUCUCCAAACCACCCGCAACCUCCCAAGGCCGCCAAAGACUCCUCAGAUGACAGGAAACGCGGAAAACACCCCGAGCACCGUUCUCGUCACCACCACCACCAUCACCUAUCGUUGCGCAGGUUCCUCAACAAGCUCAAGAACUCGGACUCGCAUGGUGGCUCAUCCAAGGACAGAACAUCCACACCUCCGUCCAACACUUCGUCGGAAUUGUACAAGAAGUACGGUUCCGUGGGAAAGCUCUUGGGAACAGGAGCCAGUGGCUCCGUCAACUUGGUGACGUCUGCCAGUGACCCCCACAAGAUCUACGCCGUGAAAAAGUUCAGAUCCAAGUUACCCACCGAAAGCGAGGCCGACUACAAGGUCAGAGUCAAGAAUGAAUUCAAAAUUGGUGAGUUUGCCAAACACGAAAACUUGAUCCACACCUUCGAGCUCAUCAAGGAUUACCCCGGCCAUGGUGGCGCACGCUCGUCCAAGCUCAUCAGCGAUCCAGAAUACUACAUGGUCAUGGAGUACUGCCCGUUUGAUUUCUUCAACUUGGUGAUGUCCGGCUUAAUGCUGACAGAAGAAACCCUCUGCUACUUCAAGCAUAUUGUCAACGGAGUGGCAUUCUUACACAAGAACGGCUUGGCCCACCGUGACUUGAAACUAGACAAUUGCGUUGUCAGUCGUGACGGAAUACUUAAGUUGAUCGAUUACGGCUCAGCUGUGCAAUUCAAAAAAGAAAUCGGACUGACCACCUCGUUCAAUCCCUCUUAUGACGAGUUGGUGGAUGAGAAUCACAAACUCGUCCGUGCGAGAGGUGUGGUCGGAUCUGACCCAUACUUGGCCCCUGAGGUCAUGGAACCUUCCAAUUUUGGCUACGACCCAAGACAUGCUGACGUAUGGUCGGUUGCAGUGGUAUUCUCGUGUAUGAUACUAAAGCGGUUCCCUUGGAAGAUCCCCAAGGUCAGUGAUCCCUCCUACCGGUCUUUUGCAGGAAUUGAGGACAUUCAAGAUAAAAAACCCGUACACGAGAGUUUGAGCGAUUUGAGUCUUACCACUUCGUCCAGCUCGGUCAAGAAGGUUGCUCGGGGCCCAGACAGACUCUUGCGGUUGUUACCAGCAGAAUCUCGGGAGUUAAUCAGAAAUAUGUUAACUAUUGAUCCGACCAAGCGUUACCUCAUGGAUGAAGUGGUGGAGGAUGAGUUCUUCAAGUCCAUCAAGCAUUGUCACACCGUCCACGAUCUGCAUGGCAAGGCCAGUGUGUUCAAGCCCGACAACCAUAAGCACCAUUUGGUCACCGAGGAUGAGUUACAGCAGUUAACCAUGGAAAAAGAGAGACAGAAGAAGCUAAAGGAUGCGGGUGUCGCAUGAGAUAACGAAUCCAUUUAGUCGGACAGCAGAUGCUAGUAAGUAAAUUUACGACAAUUAUGAUGAAACGUGCCGACUGAAUAUGCAGUAAGUAGAUUAAAUUUACGACAAUUAUGAUGAACGUGGAAUGAACGUCCGGUAAGGGGUUAAAUCAAUGAUGAUGAAACACGGAGAAAAUCUGCCAGUAAGGAUAAAGCUCUAUUAUGAUGGAUCGUAGGCAGGUUAUGACAGUACAGAUUUAAUUAUGACAACUAAGGUGAGG